CUGCCAGUUCUCAGAAGCCAGGGGAAAGAUGACGACCAGCAUCCUGCCUUCAGUAGGGGAUGGAUAUUGCUAUUACAUCCUGACAGAUGACUGUACCUAUGGCAGCAAGUACUUUCAAGCUGGGAACAUGUGCUUCUGCAGUGAGAGAAGUUACCUGCGCAACUUCUCGGAUGACAGGCCCCCUGCUUGUUUCCUCAAAGUUGUCAUGUUGGAUGACAGCUCCACUGUCACAGUAAAUGUAGAAAUCCUUGAACCUGUGCGCGAGGAGACAGCUGUCUUUCUCCUGGCCAUCAGCAGCCACAACGAACGUUUGAACUACUUCCUGGAGAGACUGAGCCUUGAAGCAGCUCUGAAGGCUACGCCUGGCCAAAAAGUGAUGGUGGAGGUUGACCGGCAACAAUUCCCUGGUGUCAUCCGCUACAUUGGCAGCAUUCACAAAAAUACUUCGUCUGUGCUUUCUCCGUUCUUCUUUGGGGUGGAGUUGCAGGGUGAAGGUGAAAGCAGAGGGCGCAAUGAUGGAUCUUACCACGGCACUGAGUAUUUCAAGUGUAAGCGGAACUGUGGGGUCUUCCUGCCAUUUAACAGAGUCCAGUUUACUCCUGUGCCUGACAACGACCAUGCGAAACAGAAGCCAAAGCCAGACGCGGAGGAGUUGGUUCCUGUGAAAGUGGGAGAUGCAGUUAGUUUCUAUGUGGACGAGGUCCUCACAAAGGGAAUAGCAAUGGCAGUUUACAGGGAGGGAAGCCAGUGGUUCGUUAAAGUUUGUCCGGAGGAAGAAGGAACAACUGACAUUUUCAGAGAAAUCCCUAUGGACUCUGUUGUGAAGGAAAGCUUGCUCUCUCAAAGUUUGUUUCCACCAUAUGAGCCUGACAUGGGCUUGGGACAGCCAAAACAGAUGAAACGAGAGAGAAAUGAGAGCGGUGAGGACUGUGAAAGUGGGAAUUCAUCCCUGGAGGUGAACUCCAUGGUCCAGAUCACCUUGGACAAGGGAAAUCAGGUUUCAGGAAUCAUCCGCUGGUUGGGGUACCUGCCCCAGAUUAAGCACAAAAUGGCAGGAGUUGAACUGGAUGAAGAUAAGGGGGUCACAGCUGGUGAAUGGCUGGGCAAAUAUUAUUUCCACUGUGCUCCAAAGCGUGGCCUCUUUGUGAAGCUGCAGUCGUGCCAGCCGGAUGUUCGCUUCCAGUGCUCGCACAACAGUGACCUGAAUCUUAUGGAUUAUGGAGAGCAGGAAGUUCUUCCACAGGUUCUGGUCAAUUUUCCUCCCCUCAGGAAUGAGGCAGCAGUGCACAUCCUGCGUGGGCGGAUGAAGGGGAUUCAAGGCCACUGUAAUUCCUGCUAUAUGGAUGCAGCUCUCUUCAGCCUCUUCUCCUGUACAUCCGUGCUGGACUCCAUGCUUUUUAAGCCCUUCCCCUUGUGUGACAGGAAUGUCCAAAACAUUCUGCGAGAUGAGAUCGUUAAUCCCCUCCGGAAGACCGGCUUCGUCAUGGCCAGGAGUGUGAUGCACCUUAGGGAGCAGCUUACUGAGAAGGGCCAAUGUUCAAGCUUUACCACUGCUGAAAAAGAUCCUGAGGAGUUCCUCAAUCUGAUAAUGCAUCAGAUCCUGGGAAUAGAGCCACUCUUGAAACUGCAGUCUGGAGGCCAGGAGGAGCAGGACUGUUACUGUUACCAGAUAUUUAUGGACAAACAGGAGGAUCUGGUGGUUCCUGAUGUACAGCAGUUAGUGGAACACUCCUUCCUGUCCUCCGAUCUGAAGCUAGUGGAGAUCCCAUCUUGUUUCAUUAUCCAAAUGCCACGUUUUGGGAAGGAAUAUAAAAUGUUCAGCAAAAUCAUUCCUUCCUUAGAGCUGGAUAUAACCGAUCUGCUGCUUGACAGUCCCAGGGAGUGCUGCCUGUGUGGCGAUGUCGCCACCCUGGAGUGUUCUGAGUGUUUCAAAGACAAGAUAUUCGCAGCUACAGGCCUGAAGCAAUUCUGCAACUCCUGCUCCAAACAGGUUCACUCCCAUUACCGGCGCAAAGCGCACAAGCCGACCAGGCUGCGCAUCCCCGAAGAGUUUCACAGUAUGAGCCCCCGAGGCAGCCAGCAGGUCCCCCGCGAGAAGAUGGAGCUCUUUACAAUGCUCUGUAUUGAGACCAGCCAUUACGUCUCCUUUGUGAAAUAUGGCCCCGAGGACAAACACUGGAUGUUCUUCGACAGCAUGGCCGACAGGCAUGGAGAUGAAAAUGGCUUCAACAUUCCCAUGGUAACGCUGUGCCCUGAAGUUGCCAAAUACCUGGACUUGCCAGUGGCUGCGCUGGCCCUGGAGCAACCCCGGGACAUGGAUGGAGUGGCCAAACGCCUCUUCUGCGAUGCCUACAUGUAUAUGUACCAGAGUAAGAAGAUGGCGCUUUACAAGUGACGCUUCCUUGGGCUGGCGCUGCCACACAGAGCAGCGAGGCUUCAGAAACGUGAGCGUGGAUCAAACCUGCAGCUGUUAAUCAGUGAAAGCAGCCGGACUGCGGGUACACUGACACCUUGCACUUUUGCCUCUUCUUGCCUCUUCCAGCACCUGGUAUCAAACUAUCUACAUGAGCCUGUCUGGCCUUAGCAAGUGAUAGUUUGUGCUUCCUGCAGACCUGAACUCUGAAUUACUUACCUUCAAAUACAUUUGCUUUUCCCACCUUCCUUUCCCACUCUCCUCCCUUCUCAGGUACUCUGCAGCUCUGCCCUCAGGGUCUUCCUGCAACUUCCUCUUGUCCCUGCCAGCUCUUCCCUCCGAAGGUCAGGACCAGCACCUCUAAUCAGCUGAGCAGUUAUCCUCAGGUGUGCAAAGAGCACAAGAAAACCGUGGUCUCGCCCUGUGUAACACUUCCUCAUGUGGACUCGCUGAGUGGGAAAACCAGGUGUGAGCUGUAUCUGUGUUGUUAAGGGAUGUGUGAGGAAGGGGGUUUGGGAUGUGACCCCACAAGGUGCGGGCCUCUCUUCAACUGUCAUGGUCCCAGAGUUGUCAUCGCUUCCCUUAUCCAGCACUAUAAAAAUGAACCCGAUUGGGUUUUCUGCUGUAACUGCAAUAAGGGUUGGGGGGAGGGGAGGUCUCUGGGGAAACUAGUAUUCUGUUAAGUUAAAUUAUUUAAGUUUGCAAAUUGGGGGUUGUCUACCAUUAAGCACAUGCUCCUUCCUUCUCUUUUUUUUUUAACCUCUUUAUAAUUCCUGCAGCCUGUGUUAGCUUGCAACCUGUAGCUUUGCCUGUCAGCUUGGGCCGCGCAGCGAUGCACAUGGGAUUGGGACCUUUUUUUGGCUGGUAGCAGGGACCUCGACAGCUUGAUAGCUUUAUCAACUUUCGUGUACGUCCUCUAUUUCUGUAUGCGGUUUCUACAAAGGAUGGGCUGGCCUAUAACAAACCUGGAUGGUUGGCACGCAGUGAGACCUCAAAGCUGCUGGUGCGCUCGAGAGAUUUCCCUGGUGGCUUUGUUCCCUGCAGGCCGCGCGGUUGGCGCUCGCCCUUUCUGAGCGUUUGUGCCUCGCUGGAUCACUGAGCACUUCCCCUUCCAAAGACCCUGCCUGUCGCAGGUUUAGCUCUUUUAUGUUGGCCUCUUGCACGUGUACUAGCCCUACGCGCAAGGCGUUUGGUUUCGAAAGAUAACGCCGGAAGCAUUAGAUGAACGUCGCUUGCCGGAGAGCCGCAGCAGAGAGCGCACGACGACGGGUGAGGCUGUGCCCCCGCUUUGGAGCCGCGAUACACCCGGUGAGCUGAAUUCCUGAUGCCAAAGUGACAGUGUUGGAAGAGUUUUUGUCUCUCCGUCUGCGGGCGGGAGAGGUGGCGGCAGCUCUAGCAGAGGAUCGUCCUGCGGAUGGAUUUACCUGCUCUCUCUUGUGCACUGGCUUCCCGAGCUCCGCUGGCUAAUUCCCUUUGCUCUCUUCUGUGCCCGUGGAGCGAGGGCUGACUGGUUUGCUGCUGCUGGGGCCUCUCCCCGUCUUGUCCGGGUCUGUUGAAAGUUGCUCUUCAUUCAGUAGCUUGCAAGAACUCAGGACAAUCUCUACUCAGGUAUAUUGUGGGCUGAGAUUUUUGUGUCUUUGGCACUUUAGCUCUAAAAUUAUUAAGUUAAAAUGAAAACCAGCUUCCUAUUAGCUGGAGGUUUAGGGUCGUCCCCCCUGCUUUUAAAGUUCUAAGGAUGAUACAGUGCCUUACACAUGACAGGCCCAGCUGUAGCACUGCAACAGUGAUUUUUCUAACCUGUUUUUUUUUUUUUCUCUAAAAACACAAGAUCACCAGGCAGUGCUACGCUACGCUCUUAAUUUCCAGUGCGUGUGGGUUUUUUUUCCCACCUCCCAUCAACAUAUGCUGCAAAGAUGUAAACAAACAAACAAAAACCCACCACAAAUACCUCUCACUUACUUAGAC